GGAACAAGAAUUCAUGCUCAAGUUGAAGAAGACUUGAUGAAGAAACACCUAACUGUUCUAAAAGAAGGUGAAGCUGUGAGCGUCAAUACUUUCCAGUUGAAGGACUAUCUUGGGGAAUUUAGGACCAAUCCUUAUCCUUAUAAGAUUACAUUCUUCAGAACAACUAAGGUGAAAGCAGCUGAUGAUUUUCUCGAGUAUUAUCCCGUAAAAUACUUUUCAAACUUUGAAAAUAUAUUAUCCGGAAAGCUAGACAAAAACGUUUUGGUUGAUGUGAUUGGUCAAAUUGUGAAUAUUGGACAAAUGGAGCAGAUAAAAACAAAGGGGAAGGAUAACUCAAAGCUUGACAUUAUUCUACGAGAUACAAUGAAUGUUCAUCUGACAUGUACUUUCUGGAGUGACUUUGCGAAGAAAGUGAUGGACUAUACUAAAGAGAACAAUACCACCAUUGUUAUCUGUGUGAUUAAGUUUGCAUGUAUCAAGGAGUACAAAGGUAAUAUCUCUAUAUCAAAUGCGUUCAACUCAACGCAAAUCUUUCUCAAUCCAGAAACUGCCGAAGUGAAAACGUUUACAGCCAUGUUAUCAGGCGACAAUCAAUUGGUCACACAUAGUGACAGCAAAGUGUCAUUUGGAUCUGCAGUUUCACUUCAUGAUGAGAUGCUGGUGAUAAAUCCGAGGAAAACAAUUUCAGGAAUUCUUGAUUCAAGAUCGGUUGGAACCUGUGUGGUUGUAGCCAAAAUCGAUUAUGUUGAUUUGUCAAAAAAAUGGUACUAUGUUGCAUGCGAUGCAAAAAGAAAGUUCAACCAUAUGGAGAUGAUUCUGAUGAUGAGGAUGAUUGUCUUCAACACAAACCUCGAUACAACUGCCCAAAACACAAUGACAUCGAAGAUGUUAUCUACAAUUAUUUCUUGAUUCUGCGUGUCUCUGAUGAAUCAGCAUCAAUAACAAAGUUUCUUUUGUUUGACGAAACUGCAAAUAAACUCAUUGCGAGGCCCGCUUUAGAGUUAGUUGAAGAGGCUGCAGAGGAACUUCCUUCUUUCGUUCCUCAAUCUCUAACAGACUUAGUUGGGAGAAAUUUUUUAUUCAAGAUCAAAAUAGAAUCAAAGAAUCAAAAAGGCAGUAGUUCACCUUAUAUUGUUGAUUUAGUGGCUGAUGAUGCAGAUAUGAUUAAAGAAUUUGAGGAACUGCCUAUAAUGAAGUCACCUAUUGUGAAGUUUUCUGAUCACGAGUGGGAAGCAGCAGAGGAAUUUUCAAGAACGCCUUCAUCCAAAAGAAGAGAAGAAACUUCGUGUUUGAUGUCAGUUGAGGAUCAGGGUUCUUCAACCAAAAAGCAGAAGAUGAUGCAAGUGAAAGUUGAGCAGCGUAAAAAAAAUGAUUUAUUUUUUUUUUUUUACCGGUUUUCCGUUGUUUUCUCAUUAGCUUUAUUGAUUUGGUUUUAUAAUAAUUAGGAUCACUUAUGAUCUGCAUCAAUUGUUUCGUGGUAGCAGCUAUUUCUUAUAUUCAGCUUAUUUUCCUAUUAAUAAAAAUAUAUUUUGUC